UAAAAUCCGGACGGGUCACCGGGGCACUAAUUAAUCGCGGCGCGCAAGCGCAAUGUGCUAAGGAUGUGCCAAUUAGCCCAAUGGAAUAAACCCUUCAUCACUUCGGGGGUGCCAUCACGGCCAAAGCCGCCCUAUAAAAUCCGGGUCUCCGAGUGUCAACCUCUUACCCGGCAUCGCAUCGCAGCUUCGCACCGAACACCACCGCCUCGGGGGUAGAAAAGAGAGAGUCGUGAGCCGCUCGCCGGCGCCAUGGCCGUGUACAUCCGGCUCGACGACGCCGUCCGCGCGCGCCUCCGCGGGGCCGCGUCAGGGUCCACCGGCAGCACGACGAGCAGCGGCAGCGAGCACGACGCCUCCGCCUGCCUCUCCGGCCUCGUCCAGGCCUUCCUCGAGACGGAGAACUCCGCCGCCCUGGAGGAGGAUCAUCCCGCGCCCAAGGGAUCCGGAGCCGCGGACGACGAUGGCUCCUCGGCUUCUGCCGCGGCAGCGGCAGCGGCAGCUGCCAUGCGAGAGCUCCUCGACCCGCCUGCUGCCGAGGACCCGUUCCGGAUCAGGCUCGCAGCCGCCGUGUCUGCCGCGCUCGAGGCAGAGGGAAGCCACGGCCACGUCCACGGCGCGGCGCUCAGGCGGGCCAUGGUGCGGCGGCUGCGGGCCGCCGGGUACGACGCGGGCGUGUGCAAGUCCCGCUGGGAGGCGUCCGGCGGCGGGCUAACCGCGGGCGCGCACGAGUACGUGGACGUGGUCUUCUCGCCGUCCGCGGCCCCAAGCACGAGGUACAUUGUGGACCCGGAGUUCAGGGCGGGGAUGGAGGUGGCGCGCGCGACGGCGGAGUACGCGGCCGUGGUGGCCGCCGUGCCGUCCCCCGCCGUGGUCGCGCGGGAGGAGUCCCUCGGGCGCGCCGUGCGCGUGGCGGCCGACGCCGCGCGCCGGUCGCUGCGUGCGCAGGGGCUUCACGUGCCGCCGUGGCGCAAGAGCCGGUACAUGCUCGCCAAGUGGCUCGGGCCUUACAAGAGGUCGCCCGCGUCGACGGCCUCGGCGCCCGCGAUGGCGGUGCUUACGGCGGCGCCCGCCGGGAUGAUGGUGGAGGGCGUCAAGUGCCGCGCCGUCGGGUUCUUCCCACCGGCCGCCGCCGCGGCCAGGAUCAGGUAGGAGUACCAUUUUCGCUUCUUCCCAGUCACCGGGAAAAGAUGUGUACCGUUGUAGAGAGAUCGGUCGGUCCACCGAUCAGGUCCCGUUCCUUCGAGCUCCGGGUUGCUCUGCUCUGGUGGGGAAUUCGUUUUUUUGUACAGGAAUUUUUGGUCGGGAUUAUGAAAGGAGCAAAUUGUUCUCGCAAUUUACGAAUGGUUUCAAAGAUUGAUGACA